AUGGAGAGAGAUCUCGAGAACGCCAACCCCACUAUCCUGAAUGUGUCACAGCUGCCCAGCAGACAGCGGAAGGGGCCUGUGACGAGGCACGGCCCGGAUUCCAAGUGUGACAGCAUCGUCUUCCCCCAACACCCCUGGCCAUUCGGCUCGACUUCAUCAUCGGACGAAGGAGACGAUGACGGCGAAGAUCAUGUGGAUGCGCAAGAUAUCUACGACCUCAUAUCCACCAUCUCGGACCCUGAGCACCCGCAUACAUUGGGACAGCUGUCUGUUGUGAGGCUCCCAGACAUCCACCUGGACCCCUCCCCCGCCGUGCUGCCAGACCCAGAUUCUCUCGUCACCGUUUUGGUUGAGCUCACCCCCACCAUCAACCACUGCUCCUUAGCAACCGUCAUCGGUCUCGCCGUACGGUGUCGGCUAGAGCAGACACUGCCGCCCAACUACCGGGUUGACGUCAGGAUGAAGGACGGGUCACAUGCCCAAGACGACCAAGUCAACAAGCAGUUGGGUGACAAGGAAAGAGUCGCAGCCGCAUUGGAAAACGACACGCUACAGCGCAUGGUGGAUAAAAUGCUUGAGACAUGUGCAUGA